UUGUGGCUUGUGGCUAGUGGGCACAAUGGGUGAUGCAUGAUGGCCCACGUAAAAUACAUCUACUACUUCUAAUAAAAUAAAAUAAUUUUAAGUCAUUUGUCAUAGUUUUAACCUAUUACUUGCCACUUGGCAAUUGACUAAUCCAUAUGUUCUUCUAAUGACCGUCAAAACCACAUCCCUCAGUUUUCUUUUCUUUUCCUUCUUCUUUCUCUAACCUAAUUAAUUCACCACCGUUUCACAAAAAAAUCUCUUCAUCUUCGCUCCAAUCAUCUUCCCAAAAUACAUUUGGUUUCCUUAUAUAACAAUGAAAAUCGCUGGAUCUACAUAUAUUCUUUGGAUUCGAGUCUUCUGGUUCUUCAUCGACGCAUACGUUUUCUUUUUUCGGCGAUUCAGAGAUUCUGAAAUAUAUAUACAAAUCCGUAUUUACUAUGGGUGAUAGUUCAUCAAGUUACAGAGCACCCUGGUUCUGUAGGGAAAUGAAUCGAGCAGACCAACUUAUUAUGGCCAUUCCAGAUGACGCUGCGUCUAAACUAUGGGGUGUUGACAAAGGCCCUACUAAUGUUACGAUACACACUGAAGAUGGCUGUGUCUUUAAUGUUUUUUUAAGCGCUUCUAAAGGGAAGAUAUUUUUUUUUCAUGGUUGGUCCAAUGUUGUAGUACACUUGGGACUAACCAAAGGAUGUUUGGUAGUUUUUAAUCCACUAGAUCCUACUACUUUUAAAUUAACAAGUUUCGUUGAUGGGGUUAGUCGUGGCUCUUCCUGGACAUAUAUGCUCUCUCCGUCAUGUAAUUUUUAUGACAUCCCUCAAAGUACUUUGCCCAAAAGUUACGAUUAUUCCUCAAAUGAUGUAACCUCUACUGUAAUGAUAGACAACAAAACAUUUAACGUUUCCAUUGUAACAUAUGACGGUAAAGUCGGUUUUACCGUUGGUAUGGACGUAAUUGUUAGUCUGUUUCAGUUGGAGGUUGGUUGUUUAUUGUUAUUUACUAAAGGUUUUGGUCAUUUUUUCUAUUUAAAAGUUUUUGGAAAAAACGGUGUUGAAAUCAAUUAUCCUGAUUUAGAUGCUGAUGAGGUAAAUUACAUAUUGAUAGUUAUUUAUACAUUUUAUAUAUAUGCUAAUUGAUUACAAGUUAUAUUUAUUAAUUUGCAGGCUGAAGUUGCACCCUUAGAUGCUGAAAACGAACCUGAUGAACACAUAGAUGGUUGUGUUACUCGGUUUGUUCGUAUGGCUGGUGAAGAUUAUUUUAGACUCCCUGAUCCUGUUUCACGCAAGGCUAAACUUCACAAAGGUUUAAAGGAUUUGAACAUAAGAUUUUUGCAUAUGGAUCCUCCACUGCAAAUUACCAACGGUACAAGACGUGAAAAAAGAACCAACGGUCGUGGUUAUCGAUACGCUUUAACCUGUUGGAAGAAGUUCAUGAAAGCCGCUCGAAUUAAGGUCCGUGACCAGGUUCACUAUUCUUUUGAUGAAAAUGAGCAGGUUUUGAGUGUUGAGAGGGUUGUACCUUACGUUAAGCGUAGUAAUUAGUUA